AUGGGGUCUGCAGGUCAGAACCAAGGGGCGAGGGGCGGCCGCCGCCUCACCGCGGCCCUGUGCCCUUCGGCUAGCGAGCAGGCCCGGCUCCAGGCCAGCGUGGUUGAGGAGGACACCGAGGAGUGGCAGAAAGAUUCAAGUUUUGCAGGACUGGAGAGAGUGGGAGGUGUUGACUUGUCCUAUAUCAAAGGAGAUGACACCAGCGCCUGCGCGUCCCUGGUGGUUCUCAGCUACCCGGCUCUCGAGGUGCUGCACGAGGAUUGCCGGAUGGUGGCUGUCAGCACCCCGUACGUGGCAGGAUUCUUGGCCUUCCGAGAGGUCCCUUUCCUGGUGGAAGCUGUUCAGAGACUCCAGCGGGAGCAGCCCAAGCUCAAACCUCAGGUCCUUCUCGUAGAUGGGAAUGGCCUGCUCCAUCCCAGAGGAUUUGGUGUGGCCUGUCACCUCGGCGUCCUGACGGAUCUACCGUGCGUCGGGGUGGCCAAGAACCUCCUGCAGGUGGAUGGCUUGGUCAGGGAUGAGCUGCACAGAGAGCAGAUUCGCUCCCUGCGGAGGGAGGGAGAUACGUUCCCGCUGACAGGCGCCUCGGGGCGCGUCCUGGGCAUGGCCCUGCGGAGCUGCAAGAACAGCUCGAAGCCGCUCUAUGUCUCUGUGGGUCACAGGGUGUGCCUGCAGACAGCCGUGCGCCUCGUCAGGUCCUGCUGCAGGUACCGGAUCCCGGAGCCCAUCCGCCAGGCCGAUAUCAGAUCGAGGGAGUACAUUCGGAAGCAGCUGUGUUCACCACCCGAGGCUGUAUCUUCUGGGCCAGAGAGAAAAAAUGAGGCCGGACUGGAUGAUUAGUCUGAUGGCAGAAGAAGCUGUGGGGCUCCUCUGUGCUGGAUCCUCCUCUGCACCACGACUGUGGCUCUGCCCGGUGCCACCCCGGGGGAGUGCGGCGAGGCCGGGGCAGGACGAGGCCAGAGGCCGUGCCUGGGUCUGGUGGGCAGGCAGAGCUGCUCUGCUCCAGGCUAAUGUUGCGAGCAUAUUUCUCAGGGUUGAUUUUUAAGCAUUGUAAAAAUAUUUGUGUAAGCAAAUGUACACUUGUAAAUUUGCAACAGCUUUCUCAAGUACUUGGGGAAUUGCAGGUGAUUUACAGAGAGAUGCUGGGGCAUUUAACUCGGUUAUAAACAAACUCCAGAGCUGGCCUUUGGCUCCUGCCACACCCUGUAGCACAGAGACUUCCCUUCUCAUCUUUUUUUGGAACAGCUUCCCCCCCUCUCUGCGGUCUGCACUCUCACCCUGCUCUGUGCGCCCCCGCGGAGCAGGAGCCCCGCGCCCAGCUCCCCCCGACCCCGCCAGCUGGGCAGGUGGGCGUCUGGCUCACGAGGGAGGGGAUGGAGCCAACUCUCUGCUGCGGGUUUUGGAAGAGGCUCAGACAUCAGCGCUCUGCUACCGGAGAAGUUUUGUGUCUGCCCGGUGUCGGUGGCUGCUGCGUGCCUGCUGCCUCGGUGGCUGCGGGCAGGUCGUGGCCCGCGCCGGGCACGUGGUGCUGGAGGGAACUUGUGCUGCUGGUGUGACAGUGCCCACGCGGGCCCGGCGUUACGGUCACCCGCUGCGGGGACAGAGGGGCUGGCGGUGCAGCCCUGCGCCUCCUGAAGGAGAGGUCAUUGUGGGGGGGAAGGAGAAUCUCCCGUCAGGGAGAACGGGGAGGGGGGGUCCCUCCUGCUACACAAAUCCGUCCCUGUGGCCAGAUCCCAGGGCUGAGUUUUGCAGGCUGGGCUGGGAGCGCUCGGAGGAGGCAGCUCUCAGUGCCCAGCACCCUUGGACCAACCCCGGGUUAAACCGUCAGCCAAGCUUCGCUUUAGCAGCAGAGCCCAAAACAAACAGUUUUAUCCCUGAAUCGAUGCAGCAAGUCUCAGCCAGUUUGCAGGGCUAAAGCUUUUCCUCCAAAGGUGGGGGCUCCUGGCUGGACACACAGGUUAUUCCUCACUGUUUCCAAAGAAAAUUGGAGCAGAUGCACGAGUUCUUGAGCACAGCCAAACCUCCGGCACGAUGGUUUUAAAAAAGCCAUGGCUGUGUGAGCUUCCAGCCUGAAGAGCAGAAAGGCUCUUUUCCUGGGAUUGGAGAGGGGGGCUCAGGGCCGGGACUCCUGGGGGCUGUUUUAAAUGCUGCCAAGCACUUCGCUUGUGCAUGAAUUUUUAUCUUACAGCUUUUGUUGCUCUUUUCUCGCCGCCACCUCAGUCUCGGUGCUGUGUAGAGGACGUUCAGCCCCCGUCGCGUGUCUGUGCAGCAUCUGCUAGAGCCGAGCCUGGGCUGCUUCCUCCUCCAGCACAACGCCCUGAACCUGGAGGGGGAACGGGAGGAAGCCACAAACUUGGCUCCCUCGGUUCGGGGAGCUCUGUGGGGCCGAGCCGUGGGGGCCCUGAAGAGGGGGGCAGGGGCUGAGAGGGUGAUUCCCAAAAAAGCUGUGCUGGUGGAGCUGCUUGAAAGACAAAGCCUGAAGCAGCUGCAGUUUUCCAGCCCGGGGAAGGAGCUGGUUGUCUCCUGGGAAGCA